GUACUGGCAUGGCUUCCUCUGGCUUUGGGGGCGCACAGUACAGGAGGAGAGAUGGGCCUUCUGGGGGGAAAGGAAAAGCCACCUUUAAUAAACAGGCACGGAAGCAAGGAGAAGACGGUGGGGGCUCACAGGCGGGGAAGAGGAGAGCAGAGCCUGGGGUAGUGUCUGUACACAGCAAGAGCGGACAGAUACCGGGAUCAGGGAAAGCGAAGAGGAGAUGGAGGCCCAGUCAGCAGGUCUAUGCGGGGAGUGCGAAAGAGGGGAAAGGCUUUGCUUUAUGGCGAAAACAAAAAGUUCAGUUAGAAUAUAAAAAGCUGCAAAGAAAGCAAAAGAAGACCACUACUGCUAAAGAUCUGUACGUGGACAGUUACCCCGAACAUUUAAAGCAUCUGUACCUGGCUGAAGAAGAAAGACUGAAAAAUCUAGAAAAGAAGAGGAAGCCUGAAGAAGACCCCACACAGACAAUCGAGGGGGAGAAGGAAGAAGAAGUGGUGGUGCCAAAAAAGAAAUUUAAGAAGAAAACAUCAAAUCAGAAAGCGAAAGAGGAAUAUGAACAAGUUCGACAUGAACGAGCAAAGAAGAGAAAACUCGACUGCCUCCGGGCCAGCCGUUGUCACAAAGUGGCCGGCCGGGAGCUUCUUGGAUGUGACCGGCCAUGUAAAGAUGGCCUGCCAAAAAAGAAAUUUAAGAAGAAAACAUCAAAUCAGAAAGCGAAAGAGGAAUAUGAACAAGUUCGACAUGAACGAGCAAAGAAGAGAAAAGAAGCUGAGGAAAACCGGAGAAAAGGAGAGGAAGCAAGAGAGCUCUACAAGAAAAAGAAGAUGGAAGCUUAUAAGGUUUUGAACACUAAAACAAAGAAAGGACAGCCCAACUUUAAUGUACAAAUGGAAUAUCUGCUGAAAAAGAUACAAAGUAAAACAUAGUUUAUUAAAGAGUACUUUCUAAUAGUGCAUCAUUAGUGGUGCGUCAAUUAAAUGCAUCCUUUCUUUGGAGAUGUCUUCUGCAAAGUAUUAUUUUUAUUACUUUUUA